AUGUCAAAAGUCAGUUUUAUUUCUUCACAGUAUAAAAAGACGAUAAUUUCUUUUAAUCUAUCUAUCUAUCUAUCUAUCUAUCUAUCUAUCUAUCUAUCUAUCUAUCUAUCUAAGUUUCUUUUGAUCUAUAUAAUUUUUUUCCAUCUAUCUAUCUAUCUAUCUAUCUAUCUAUAUACGAGUAUAUUUUCUUGUAAAUCGCUAAGCAAGAAAAACCAAAAGUAUCUAUUCAUAAAUUUCUCUGUAUACAUACUUCUAAUUUUGUUGUUGUUCGCGUUGUUAUUCUUCUUCUUCUUCUUCUUCUUCUUCUUCUUCUUCUUCUUCUUCUUCUUCUUCUUCUUCUACUACACUUCCUCCAUUUCUUUACCUCCUUCUCAUCAUCAUCAUCCUUCAUUUCCUGUUCUUUCUCCUCCUCCUCUUCUUCCUUUUUAUUCUCUUUCUCCUACUUCUUCUUUCCCUCCUCUUCCAUUGCCUCCGCCUUCUAAUCUCCUCUUCCUUUUCUUUUCCACCUCCUAA